AAAACUGGAUAAGCCUCUCUAUCUCGUCUCCCCCCUUUUCCCUUCAAUUUCAACUCUAGAUCCAAAUGCAAAAACUUGGAUUUCCACUAUGAUUUAACCCCAAAUUCCAAAAUUUCUCACUAAUUUCCCACUUUUCUGUAUAUGCAUACAUACUCAAUACACAUAGAUUCGAACAACAAUGGCGGCGGUCAGUUCUCUGUCUUUCUCAGCAAUCGGCCAAACUUCCGGCGACAGAAAACUUAAUGUCUCGUCGUCUCGUCACCUGUCUUCCAAUUUCGAAGGAUUCCGUUUCCGUACAUGCUUUUUACAUCACUCCGUUGGUCUUCGAGCUUCCACUGCUGCUUCGGCUUCCGUUGUUCGCUGCAUGUCCACAGUUACUGAUGUCCCGCCAACUGUUUCCGAAACAAAGUCGAGUUUUUUAAAAGCAUAUAAGCGCCCCAUUCCCAGUGUGUACAACGCGGUUUUGCAGGAGCUGAUUGUGCAGCAACAUUUGAUGAGGUACAAGAAGACGUACAGCUACGAUCCGGUUUUCGCCCUAGGUUUGGUUACGGUGUAUGAUCAAUUGAUGGAAGGAUAUCCGAGUGAUGAGGAUCGAGAGGCCAUUUUCCAAGCUUAUAUCAAUGCCUUAAAAGAGGAACCCCAGCAGUACAGGGCUGAUGCUCAGAAAUUGGAAGAAUGGGCCCGAGCUCAAACGUCUACUUCGCUUGUUGAGUUUUCUUCUAGAGAUGGAGAAGUUGAAGCUGUACUGAAAGACAUUGCGGAAAGAGCUGGGGGUAAGGGGAGUUUCAGCUAUAGUCGUUUCUUUGCUGUCGGGUUGUUUCGUCUUCUUGAGCUGGCCAAUGCAACUGAACCUACAGUGUUAGAAAAGCUUUGUGCAGCCUUAAACAUUAACAAACGAAGUGUGGAUCGAGAUCUUGGUGUGUAUAGGAAUCUGCUUUCCAAGCUUGUUCAAGCAAAAGAGUUGCUCAAGGAGUAUGUUGAGAGGGAGAAGAAGAAAAGGGAAGAAAAAUCAGAAUCACCUUCGGCCAACGAGGCCAUCAAGAAAUGUUUGGGUGAAUACCAAUACCUAAGCUAGUAAUUCAAUCUUUUUACUCAAUGUGCUUAUAAUCUUUCGUGAUACUUCGAUCCGGUUUUUGUUGUCCGAGUUAGAAGACAGUAACCUUCAUGGAUUAGGCUCAAAGUGUCAGCUUGUGUACUGUUUCCAAUUUGGUGGUUGAUGUACACACCUAUGUAUUAUGUAAUUUUUCCAAUA